AUGAACCACUCCCCGCCUGCCAUAUCCUUCAGUCAGUUCCCCGUUCCCUUCCCCUUCCCCGUCGUCGCUGCUAACGAGCACAUUACAGUCGGGAUCGUUGAUUUUUCGCAGGAUGCAAAAUGGCUCUAUAUGACUGACUCGGUCACCGAACUCCUCGGUGCGCCCAUCGAUCAUGUCUCCUUGCAGCCCCCGCUCACAGUGAUGGCAGGUUACGAGCCGAGCGACCUCAUCGGGCAACCCUCGCUCGACCUCGUGCACCCUGACGAGUUCCCGAGCAUCCGCCAGCUCCAUUACGACACCAUCCUGCAGGACAAGGCAGCCUGCCUCGUCUACCUGCGCAUGAAGCACAAGGAUCCCUUUCGCGGCUACAUACUAUGUGGUGUCUCUCGGACUGUGGUGCACAACGUGCUCGUGGGCAGCGUCUCUUUUGCGAGUCCGGGCGCCAAGGCACUGCACAACGCCUCCACUGCGCAGGAGAUCACCGUCAUCACGCCCUCUGCGGCAAACUUCCAGUUCCGGGUAAGCCAGUCAACAACUUGCUACUUUGUCACCCCGCCUUCUUUCCUUCCUUCCCUGCCCUCUGCCUUUCCUUCUCCUCCUCGGCCUUCGCGAGCGUUGUCGGACAACCCGCUGACACUUGCCUUCCCACCGGCCUUCGUCCGCACGGUUCCUCUCUUCGACGUUUCUCCCACAUUUGCCGUCUCCGCCCCUUUCCUCUUCCUCUUCGUUCUUCUUCCGUUAUUUUUUUCUUCCUCAAAAAACAUAUCACUCACUAACACACUCUUAUUUUAUUUUUCUUCUCCCCUCCCCUCCCCUACCUCACAGAGAUGGCACGACCCCUCACCAAUGCCACCCAGCCCCAUCCCACAAGAAAUGGCCAACGUCAACCUCGCAGAGAUGCUCCAGCGCACCUCGCCUGCGCCUUCUUCCUCCUCGUGGGGGUCCAAGAGCCCGCGCACCCCACGGCAGUCGCAGAGCCCCCCUGGAAGGGAAGAAAGAAGGAGAAGCGUCGAAGCGGGGUCGCCCCCUGGCAGGUCGCCCACGUUGUCGACGCUUUCUGGGGCAGAGGAAAGGGACAGGGACAGGGACAGGGAUGGGGGAAGGGAUAGGAAUGGAGGAAGGGAUAAUGGGAGGCAGAGGGAUGGUGAGAGGAACGGAAGACGAGAGGAGAGGGACGCGGAAGGCAGGCGGAGGCGUGGACACUGGGACGGGCGAAGCAGGAGCGGCUCGCGAAGCCGGAGUCGCAGCCUCAGCGUCUCGCCCGAGCGGUCGGGUGGCGCGCUCGGUCGGUCGCAGAGCCAUCGCGCGCGCAACGGCAGCGGUUCAAGUACGCAUGCGCACGUGCACGCGCACGCGUACGACCCGCGGCGGAACGGUCACUCUCACCCCUCCUCCCACCCGCACCCGUACCCCCCAAGCAUCGCCAACAUCCCCAUCAUCUCCUUCGAGCCCCCCGCCAACAAAUCCUUCCGCACCGCCUUCAUCCUCGACCGCUUCACCAUGAACUGUACCAUCAUGUACUGCUCCAACGACUUAUUGGUGUCGACGACGGAAGCGAUAGGAAGGAGCUUCUAUGAUUUCGUGAGUAGGAGAGACGAGGAGAUCGUGCAGAGCUGGAUCUCGUGCGUUAAAGGAUGGGGGGUGAACGAGAAGGGCCAGCCGAGCGAUGGUGGGUUUGGGUUUGGGAAGUUCAUGUUGUUGCCUGAGGGGAGGGAUUCGGGAGCUAGCCGCCGCAUCCCCGAACCGCCUACACCGUCGAGGCACCGCGACCGGCACGGCACGCAUUCGCACGGACAAGCGCACCACCCGCACCAGCGCCGACCUUCAAAUAAUCCGCACGGGCACAGUCGGCCCACCCCACGCGCGCGUGCACAAACACACACCUCCUCUUCCUCAUCUUACGCCUCUUCCUCAUCCUCCUCAUACAACCCCUCGCGCUCUCCAACCUCUCCAUACUCUCCCACCUCUCCCUACGCCUCCACAUCCGGCGCCUACUCCUCAGGCGCCUACUCCAGUUCCACAAGCCACUCGCACGCUCACUCGCCUACGUCAACACGCUCCCCGUACGCCCACCCGCCCGCGUACAGCACCUCCCAGAUCACACAGGGCAUGCACACUAUGAACGUGCACGGGCUCGAAGAGGCGAACGCGGAGAAGUUCGAGGUCGACGCGAUCUUCUCGGCGCACUCGGAUGGGCUGAUGGUCAUUCUUCGGCGGGCGUCGUAG